GGGGGUAAGUUCCCGCUUCGUGGCCGGCGUUGGUGGCCGCGAACUCCUCUCACAGUGCGUAGAGGACUGCGCGUCAACAACAUCGCGGCACAACAUUACACACCGCUAUCGUCUUAAUUAAACCCAUCGAUCCGCUCGUCACCGCAUUGCCAAGCAACCGUUUAUCGUUGAAUGUCAUCUGAUCGUUUGUGCCGCAAAAAGGCACGGGCGGACAAUUUACCUCAGCGUAGAUUUUGUUUUUGUUUUUAAACGUUUUAUUUUAUUUUAAACCGACGGUGCAAAAAAAAUAUUUUUGUGAUGCUGUGCAAAUUGCUGUUGUUUGCAUAAUUUUAGGAGGGUUGUAGCUAUUGCGUUAAGUGCGCGUGCCGUGUGGUUGACGAGAAGUUGUUGUUGUUCGUGGUGGUGGUGGUGAUGGGAGAGGCCAUGUCGAAGCGCUUUAAGUCGGAAGCUGACGAGAUGGAGGAGAGGUAUUUCCAGAACCCCUACGCGGAAUAUAACUCGGCACAGCCUCCCGUGGAUUUAUUCGACGCUUCGGGGAAGAUCAGCACGGCGUUCGAGGGACGCCUGACUGCGAAGAUCCAUGACCUGGUGGCACAGAUGGAGGAGGGGCUGAAGACGGCUGACCCCCACGACUACUCGGGCUACACAGGCUGGACAGGCAUCGGCCUCCUGUACGUGCAGCUGCACCGUGUGCAGGGGGAGCCGGGGCAGCUGCAGCGGGCGCUGGACCACGCCAAGCGCUCGCUGCGCGGCCUCUCGGGCCGCCGCGUCUCCUUCCUGUGCGGCGACGCGGGGCCGCUGGCGCUCGGCGCCGUCGUGCACCACAAGCUCGGCAACGCCGACGACAGCCGGGAGUGCGUGCGCCAACUGCUGGAGCUGAAGAGCUCGGUGGUGGCGCUGGAGUCGGAUGUCCCGGACGAGGUGCUCUACGGCCGCGCGGGCUUCCUCUUCGCGCUGCUCUACGUGCGCGCCGAGCUUGGGGAAGAGGCCGUCCCCGCCGGGGUCAUCGACGAGGUGCGCCUGGCGCUGGUGGAGUCGGGCAAGGCCCUGGCAGUAACGGAGCGCAGGGCUGAGCGGUGCCCUCUGCUCUACCAGUGGCACGGCAAGCAGUACGUGGGGGCGGCUCACGGUCUCGCCGGCAUCUACUACAUGCUCAUGCAGCCGGGCGCCGGCAUGAACAAGGAGGCGUCGGCGGAGCUGGUGAAGCCCAGCGUGGACUACGUGCGGCGCAAGCGCUUCCGCUCGGGGAACUUCCCCUCGUCGCUCAGCAACGAGUCCGACCGCCUGGUGCACUGGUGCCACGGCGCGCCGGGCGUGGUGCACGCCCUCCUGCAGGCGCACCGGGCGUUUGGGGAAGAAAAGUACCUGCGUGACGCGCUCGAGUGCGGCGAGGUGGUGUGGCAGCGCGGCCUCCUGCGCAAGGGCUACGGCCUGUGCCACGGCGUCGCGGGCAACGCCUACACCUUCCUGGCGCUGUACCGCGCCACGGGCGAGCACGGGCACCUGUACCGCGCGUGCCGAUUUGCGGAGUGGUGCUUGGAUUAUGGGAAGCACGGAUGCCGGAUUCCAGAUCGACCCUUCUCACUAUUUGAAGGUAUGGCUGGGACCAUUCACUUCCUCGUGGACAUGCUGAGACCAGACACGUCCCGCUUCCCCGCGUUCGAGUUGUAACGCGCGAGCGAGGACCGCGGGGUCGCGCGGUCACGAUUGCGAUGGACACGGUGGCUAGGAGAUGUUAACUCCCUCGCCUGUUAUACAGGAGGUCGUGGGUUCGUACCCGACCCUGACGAUGCCUGUAACCAUUUCGGAGUGUGAAUGUUCUCCCCCGUAGUCGUGUGGAUCUUUGCUCCGGGUCCUCCGGUUUUUCCACCACCACCCCCACCACAUUUAGAAUCGACGUCACGCGUUGAUGGCCGCUUUAAAUUUGCACGCGAUGAUGAUGAGCCCACUUCGUUUGGAGCUAUCGUUUGCGAUAGCCAGGUCGCUUCUGGAAGAAGCUAUGCAGCUCAGCGGGGCCUUACGUGGUAAAAUAAGCGUCGGUAAUUGACGGGGCUCGGUAUCGCGCGUGCGUGCGUGCGCGCGCCCGUACCGCAGCGAGUCACGGGGCGGAGGGGGUUUGGCGGAUCGCUCCGAGAUGAUUGCGCAGCGAAGAUGCCCGCGUCGUAGGGUGGUGGGUACAGCAAGCAGGCUGCCGACAUAUCUCCACACGACACUUGAGAGCGUUCACUUCCUCUGGACGCGAGUUUCGUACGGCUGCUCAUUUUUUUUUUUUAAAGGGAAUUCAACCUUAUGGCGGCGGAACCCCCCCCCCCCCGGGGGGUCCCGAAUAAACGGAAGUCAAAAUCGUAAUUUAUUUAUUUUGGGCGACUCCCGUCCCACCGCGCGCAUAAACGCCGCGACUCACCUGGUGCGGAUCGCUCUGUUGUCGUGUCGUCCCAAGCGCAGCGAGGACAACUGCGCAGAAGGAACAAAACUUUUAAACUUUGAUUAGCGCACCGUGUAGAGCUCGUCGAGAGGAACAGAUCGCCGUGUCGUUCGCUUUCAGCAGACAUAAAACGACGUUGCAGCGCAGUUUGUGCGACGCGGGGGGACUUAUGGGACCCCCCUGAGUUCCGCCAUAAGGUUCAAUUGACCAAAUCUAAAAAAAACGCGUCCGUGUUAAAAGUAUUGAAACAUAUAUACACACACACGAGUGCGGCAUGCGGUGGUCGGCCUAAUAAACGUGCGCUCACAAACGCUGCCAAGUUUAAACAAGGCGAGGGGAAACUGGCAUGGUACCACGCCCCCCCCCCCAUGGCUUAAAAUGAAAGGCAGAGGGAGAGGUUGUCUAGAUUCUCUCGUUUGCUUUUUGAAUUGCUGCAAUUCAUGGUCACAAUUUCAUUAGUGGUUUAUUUAGUUUUUACUUUGUCAAUAUAGCAGCCUCGAGUGGCUGGAGGAGUCACGUGAGCUGGGGUUUGGCUGCGAUUGACGACGCGCAUGAAAUAAGGUCCGACGAAUAUAGUAGCGUCGGUUGCUUUCAUUAAAAAAAAAUUGUGAACGAGAUGGCGCCACCUUGGCGAGAUGUUACCUCUCCCUGGUAUGCAGGAGGGGGCGCGGGUUCGAUCCUGACCCCGGAGACCUGCUGGAAAUUUGGGAGUUUGCAUGUCUCCCCGUUGUUGCGAGUAUUUUUCUCUGGGUCCUGUUUCCCCCCUCCAGUUAGAAUCUGUGCGUUUCGAGCAUUUGUGGCUGCUUUAACUUUCCACAUAUGCCACAUGCCACUUUGUUGAGCUAUCAUUUGUGGCCAGGUUGCUUCUAAAAAGAGCUAAAUAGCUCAGUGGGCCUUAACCUGGUAAAACAGUUGUUUUAAUAGUUGUUUAUUUUCUGACAAUUUGUGAAUAUAGCAAAUUCAAGAUUUUUGUUAAAAGUCCUUAAGUCAGUACUUGCUAAAAAGUUGACCGAGGCUUUGUCCUUUGUAGUUAAUUUGUCGUGUAAAAUGUCUCGUGUAAAAAAUUAUUGGAAACUUAGAAUAAGUAGACUUAUGACAACUGAACAUUCCUCAACAGUGGCCAUAAAAGUGUAUAUUAGGUAACGUUUCAGGCAAUGGCCCUUCACAGCAUAGAGGCCAGAGAUAGUGGCUUCUGUAGAGAGUCAAUGCCUGAAACAUCACCCGCUUCAUAUUUUUCCUUUUAAAGGCAUUUAUUGACCAUUGAGUAUAUUGUUGUUUGUGCACCACGGCUAACGUAGUCACCAAAUAAUUUGGUGAUCUCGAGAUCGACUGGAAGUGCAAAGCACAAAAGCAGUACAUUUAAAAAUGGGAAAUAUAUUUUCAAAGUCUGGGAAAAGUGAUCUCGCGACAAUUUUCCGUGUCGUGACCAUUGCAAUCAUAUCGUGAAAGCAACACGGCAACCUAAAAACGCGAACCCAUGGACACAUUCAACAUAUACGAAUCGCCAAAAUAUUGCUUCCGACAACUCUAUGCAUGUAUUCCACACCAGAAAAAAUGUUAUCUUUGAGCUACUCCAAAGUUGCGACCUGGUCCUUAACGCUCAUGAAAGCCGACAUUGAGUGUGCAACGUUAACCAGGUGUACAUUGUUUAUUCGCGUCUCUGUCAUCCAAGGCUGUGUUGUUUCUGCAUGGGAAUAUAGUGCGAUUUUAUUUUCUAAAAUGUGGCUUUGGUUGUUUGCAUUUUGUCAAAGGAAAUGCCUUAAAAAUCUCAUUGAAAAUG